CGGCCGAGCACCAUGCGAGGAAAUAACAUGCCGCGGCACACGUCGCCGUUCCUUUUUGCCUUGUUGGCGUCGGCGGCGACCCUGCUCAGCGUCGGCGACGCGUUGGUCGUCGACGGCCUGCAGGUGGGGUUCUAUGGCAAGACGUGCCCGGCGGCCGAAGGCGUCAUCAGCGACAUCGUCAACAACGAAAUCGCUAUGGACCGGGGCAUCUCCCCUGGCCUCAUUCGCCUCUUCUUUCACGACUGCUUCAUCACGGGUUGCGACGCUUCCAUUCUCCUGGACGAGUCGCCCGCCGGCGACGUCCCAGAGAAGGAGUCGUCCGCCAACGGCUUCACCCUGGUCGGGCUCAGAACCAUCGACAUCGCCAAGUCCACCGUAGAGGGCAUGUGCCCCGGCAAGGUCUCGUGCGCAGACAUCCUGGCCUUCGCGGCGCGCGACGCCGCCGUGGCCGCGGGCCUCCCGAGAUACGAGGUCGCGGCGGGGCGCCGCGACGGCAUGCGCUCGAACAUGGACGACCUCCCGGGCAACUUCCCCGUGCCGGGCCACCACGUGCCGCGCCUCACCGAGCUCUUCAGCCAGCGGGGGCUCUCCCAGGAGGACCUCGUCCUGCUCUCCGGCGCGCACUCCAUCGGCGGCGCGCACUGCUUCAUGUUCUCCAACCGCAUCUACAACUUCUCCCAGGACGCCGACGUCGACCCCACGCUGGACCCGGAGUACGCCAAGUGGCUGCGCCAGAUGUGCCCGCCGCGGCAGCCCGGCGACGACCCCGAGCAAGCGCCCAAGGUGAAGUUCGACGCGCAGACGGGGGAGCGGCUCGACGUCGCGUACUACUCCGAGCUGCUCGCCCGCCGCGGCCUGCUCACCUCGGACAACGCCCUCAUCGAGGACCCGCAGACGAGGGCGAUGGUGGAGAACUUCGCCCGGAACGAGCCACUGUGGCAGCAGAAGUUUUCCCAGGCGAUGCAGAAGGUCGGGAUGCUUGACGUGCUCAUCGGCGAGGGCAAGGGCCAGGUAAGGAAGCAGUGCCGCCUGGUGAACGGGCAGGAGAAGGAGGAGAAGCAGCAGCAGCCGCAGGAGGAGCAGGAGGAGCAGCAGCCACCGGAGCUGGAGGAGGAGGAGCAGCAGCAGCCGCAUCAGCCACAGCUUCCAUGGUUCCUGCAGAGGCAGCGCCCGCCCGUUCUUCUUCCAUGGCUCCGGCCCCAUCCACGGCCGCGUCGACCGUUCCGGAAACAUCCGGUGGCCGACCUGGUUAACGGAUUUUUCCGUGGUUUUCACUGAAGGCGAGCACUAUGCUCGGGACGUAGACCUCCAAAAUAUGCAAUGCUACGGUACAUAUCAAUGGACGUAAACCGGUGUAUCCAUGAGCUUAAUUAACAUGAACAAUCCUGCUUUGCUUACUCCUUUGUUUUAGAAAAAAAAUGUUGGUGCCAUCGUAUGACAACAUAUGCUACGACAUGUCAUACAUGCCUGUUUUUAUUUUCUUUGGCAAGGUACAGUAUCGUUUCGAUUGCUGAAAUCAAUGAACAUGUGGAAAGUAGCAAAUCUGCACAUCCGGUUGCC